AAGUUCUACCGGAAGUCGUAAUGUUUGGCUGCAUGCGCCGUACAGAGCAGCCAGGAAGAGGCACUGGAGGGAGAAAAAAAAGAAAAGUCAAGAUGGCAACUGGUCCGGAGAACGGACUAAAAAGAAUAGUUUGGAAAAGAAUUAAAGAAACAAUUAUUGAAGACUGCAGAAAAUCAGAAGUAUGGAAGAUAUUGAUUCUGGACCACUUUACCACCAGGCUCCUGUCAUCAUGCUGCAAAAUGUCUGAUCUGAUGUCAGAGAAAAUAACAAUUGUGGAGGACCUGUACAAAAUCAGAGAACCUGUUCUGGAAAUGAAGGCUAUCUACUUUAUGACACCAACAGCUCAGUCUGUGGAUGCCUUUAUUGCCGACUUCAAGCCUAAACCCAAGUACAAAUCAGCAUAUGUUUAUUUCACUGACUAUUGCCCUGAUGACCUUUUCCACAAUAUGAAACUGUACUGUGCAAAAUACAUUCGGAUUUGCAAAGAAAUAAAUAUGUCCUUCAUGCCUCAUGAAUCACAGGUGUUCACCUGUGAUAAUCCGAGAGCCUUUCAGAGCAUCUACAGUCCCAACAGUCAGGACAGAAAAAAGACACUGGAAACACUCGCAGACCAGCUUGUCACGCUCUGCGCCACGUUGGAUGAGUACCCAGGAGUCCGAUACAAAAAAGACGCCAACAUGGAGUACGCAAAGACUCUUGCAGAGUUGUUGGACAACAAACUGUCCCGAUACUAUGAAAUGGAUGACAGCAAUAAGAAAAAGGAAAAGACUCAGGCCCAGCUGCUGAUUGUGGAAAGGGGCUUUGACCCUGUGAGCCCUAUCCUGCAUGAGCUUACUUACCAGGCCAUGGCCUAUGACCUCAUUGAUAUCCAGAAUGCCACGUACAAGUACAAGUCUAAAGAUGGCUCAGAAAAGCAGGCUCUGCUGAAUGAGGAUGACAUGCUUUGGGUGAAGCUGAGGCACAAGCACAUUGCUGAGGUGUCUGAACAAAUCCCAAAGAUGGUGAAGGAAAUAUCUGCUAGCAAGAAACAACCAGAUGGGAAGAUUACCAUCAGCAAUUUGGCCCAAAUGAUGAAAAAGAUGCCAUCAUUCCGUAAACAGCUCACACAGAAAACCGUUCACCUACAAUUGGCCGAAGAUUGUAUGGUACAUUUUUCCAACAACGUAGAAAAACUCUGCAAAGCCGAACAGGACCUUGCGGUGGGCUCCGACGUGGAUGGGAUGAAAGUGAAGGAUCCCAUGAGGACUCUGUUGCCAGUGCUACUGUACCCAUACUCUACCUAUGACAAGAUCAGAGCUGUGUUGCUUUACAUCUUCAGCGUUCAUGGAACAACAGAUGAGAAUUUGAACAAACUCAUCCAACAUGUGAAAAUUGAAGAUGAAAGGGAAGUUAUCCUAAACUGGAAAGAGCUUGGAGUCCCCAUCAUCACAUCUCCCAGUUUUUUCUCGCGCAAACCGACCAGACGGGACCGUUCUCAGGAAGAGACGUACAACCUGUCCAGGUGGACUCCUGCCAUAAAAGAUGUAAUGGAGGAUGCUGUGGAGAACAAACUAGACCCUCGGGAAUGGCCAUACCAGUCCGAGUCUCCAACUGCUUGGAAUGGUUCCGGAGCUGUUAGUGCACGUCAGAAGCACAAAUCCAGCACUCAGGAUGAACGUCGGACGGGCUCACGCCUCAUCAUCUUUGUCAUUGGAGGAAUCAGCUACUCUGAGAUGCGCUGUGCCUAUGAGGUCACACAGACUGUAAAAUCCUGCCAGGUCAUCAUAGGAUCUUCCCACAUAUUAACUCCCAGCAGUCUACUGGAUCAUAUCAAGGCCCUAAGCAAACGUCCUAUGGAGACUUUCACAAUUGAGGAGAACAGUGAUGACUAACAUGUCAUCCAACGAACAGACUCCCCACAUACCCUUGUCCUUCCCAAAAUGUAUCAUUAGUGCACACAACAAAGCCCCUUCAUUGGGGUAAUGAAGGGAAUGUUACUGUAUUAUUUUGAAUGUUUUUUUGUGUAUUCGCUCAUUAAAGUACAGUAACCUUUUUGCAGAUAGAUUUAAACCUUUAGAAACUCAGCUGUGAGGAUUAGGAUGGUUGUUCGGUCACAUAAAUUGGCCUCACCCGGUCCUGGAAAAAUAAUGGUAACUUUACCCUUUAAAGGACAGAGUGGUGGAGGACAUUCACCCUUAAUGUACAUGUAGUUUCUAAGCACUGAACCUUGGUCAGCUCUUGUAAACUGUUAUCCCUGUGUAUAAACAGUUAACAUUAUUUUUUCUGGGUUUUAUGUACUGUAUUUGUUUUCUUUUUUUUUCUCAAAUUGAACACUGACUAAUAAAUGCAUGAAGUAGUUCAAA